GAAUAGCGGCACCCGGAAUCGUUCUGCAGAAAUGCCUUUACAGCAGAGCCAUUCUUCAAAUUCAUUAAAUUACGACACCGUCUAGUUCGCCCGAUUACAUGAUUUGAGACAUGUUCUAAAUGUGAAUGCCAUAACUGUUACGUAUUGUUAUUGCUACCUACAGAGUUGAUCGUUUUGUAAUUGCAGCACAGCUACUGCAGAAGACAUGACGGAUGAUGCCACUGCCUUAUCUUUCGCAUAGUAACCCGGCUUAGCUACUGUCUUCACUGUGGUGACAUUUUCCCAGAGGUUUCUGCAAUGAAUUUUCUGCGUAAUCGUAUUGUUGUUCUGGGCCUGGUUCUACUGGCCACAUUACUGCUGUACCUGCUGCUGCCAGCCAUUCGUCAAGGAAGUAUGGAGCCUUCACUGGAGGCACAGAAGUUGGGACUCUCAGCCACCUCUCCUCCACUAGUGCCGAGCGUCAAUGUGUCUAUUCGCACUGGACAGCUGCCUGGAGACCCCCCUUUGUUUUUUAGAGAGGCAUUACCUGUAGAUGCUGCUGGUCGGCAAAUAUUACCUAGGUUACAGAUUGUUAUGCUGCAUGGCCAGGCCUUCACCUCCAAAACUUGGGAAGAACUGGGAACAAUGUCCAUACUGGCUACUCAUGGAUAUCAGACUCUGGCUGUGGAUCUGCCAGGCUACGGAAAAUCGCCUGACUCGGAGUCCCUGAAGACAGACCAGAGUCGGGUGGACCUUCUCUCUCGCUUCAUGGAGUCUUUGGGGGUCAGGUCUGCAGUGCUUGUGAGCCCCUCCAUGAGUGGACACUACUCCAUUCCAUUCCUCAUGAAAAACAGUGCAAAACUACAAGCAUUUAUUCCUAUAGCACCUGUUGGAACCAGAAGUUAUACUCCACAGCAGUACCAAAAUAUCCAGACUCCCACUCUGAUUGUGUUUGGGACGUUGGACACAAAUCUGGGUGCACAAUCGCACAAAAACCUGCUGCAGCUUCCACAUGCAUCUGUACUUAAGCUGGAAGGAGCUCGUCAUGCCUGCUACAUGGACAAGCCCAAAGAGUUUCACCAGGGAUUGAUUGACUUCCUCAGAAAUGUUUAAAUGAGUUUAAAGUGUGUAUGUAUGAGCAUGAAUAAAAAAUAACUAAUGCUGUUGACAUAGUUCAAGACAUACAGUUCAAGAAGCAGGUAGCAUCUGUUGCAAAGCACUUAAAUUUCCAGUGUUAACGAAACUUAUAUUUACAGAUCAUCUCAUAAACAUAACUCCAGGCUUUUUAUUUUGUGUGUGCAUUGUGUUCCUGCAUGUUAAAGAUGAAAUGUGUUUUGCUUUGUUGCCAUUUCUGUAGAUGACAUGUAGCUUAUUGUAAAUAUGUAUUUGAAAAUUAAGCAGAUGUGCAUUGCUUAUGUAACUUAUUUUGAUAUACAGUAGAACAUAUUUUAUUUUAUUAUCUUGGGUUACUGCUCCAUCCUCCCAUAAAACAGGAUUCUAAUCACAUAAACAAAAGAAGAUGCAAUAAAAGAUUACAGGCUUAUUUCUGUGUUUAUACUGACAGUAAAACAUGUCCGU